AUGGCUUUCUUUGGAGGAGGGGGAUCUGGAUUUGGACAGACCAACCAGAGCUCUGGCUUUGGCACAGGUACUGGCUUUGGAGCCGCGAAUAACGGCACAGGCUUUGGGUCAACUCCCUCCGCGUUCGGUGGCGCUACCACUGGAAACACCGGAGGCGGUCUUUUUGGGAACACUUCGAGUGGCUUUGGCGCCGGCACUAACUCAGGUUUCGGCUCUAAUACUCAGAGCACGUCUGCUUUCGGUGGCGCGCAGAACACUCGCCCGGGCGGCUUCGGCACGAACACGAACACCGGCUCAACUCUAUUCGGUAGCACUACCCCGAAUACUGGCUCGGGAUUUGGAACUGGUACUGGAUUUGGAACUACUCCCACUACGACUCCUAGCUUCGGCGGCAGUGCCAAUACCAACACUGGUCUCUUUGGCGCCAACAAACCGGCUACCGGAUUUGGUGCUUCGAACACCGCCGGCACGGGAUUUGGCUCUUCCGGCACCACUGGAUUUGGAGCCGGUGCUACUAGCACAGGCUUCGGCGGUACUGGAACUGCGUUCCAGGGCUCGCAGACAUGUGAGGGCACCGGUGGCACCCCCUUCAGCGCCUUUACUGAAAAGGACCAAAGCUCCAAUGCUACAAACCACUACCAGAGCAUCAGUUUCAUGCAGCCCUACAGCAAGUUCAGUUUUGAGGAACUGAGACUUGCCGACUAUCAACAAGGUCGCCGCUUUGGGAAUGCAAGUGGCCAGCCAGGCGGUUUUGGUGCGCCUGCGUUUGGAUCGUCAACUGGGUUCGGAGGUCAACAAGCAUCUACUGGUUUUGGUGGUACUUUUGGUGGCUCAGCCGCUACUUCUGCUCCUAGCGGAUUCGGCGCUACUCAGACAACUGGUGGUUUCGGUGCUGGUACUACCGGUGGCAACUCUCUGUUUGGUGCCAAUAAGCCCGCCACUUCCUUGUUCAACACCAACACGGCGGCUCCCGCGCAGACCGGCAACUCUUUGUUCAAUAGCAGCAACACGACUGGUGGCUUUGGCGCAAAUACAGGCGCAACGGGUGGCUUUGGUGCUAACACCGGCAGCUCACUAUUUACCAAUAACCAGCAACAAAAUAAGCCAUUCGGCGCGGGUGCAACAACCUCUGGGUUCGGUAGCGGAUUUGGCGCAACACAGACAACCUCGGCUGCCACUCCCUUCGGCGCAACGACUGCUACAGCAUCGCCAUUUGGAGGUGCUCAGCAACAGCAGACCGGUACAUCUGGUUUCGGAGGCUUCGGCAACACUCAAAAUCAGGCCCAAAAGCCUGCGACAGGCCUCUUUGCUAAUAACACCGGAGGAUUCGGUACCAAUACUCAACAACAGUCCACCCCUUCAGGCGGACUGUUCAGCAACAAUGCUCCCCAAACAAACACCGGCGCAAGCGGUUCCAUAUUUGGUGCCGGCCAGGCCCAGCAGGGACAAAGCACGUCUUCUAUUUUCGGCAACAACCAAAACCAGCAGCCUGCCAGUGGCGGUGGAAUCUUUGGUAAUACACAGAACCAGCAAAAACCCACGGGUUCAAUUUUCGGCACUUCCAAUGCUGGAGCAUCGACAGGCGGUGCAUUUGGCUCUGGAUUUGGAACGAACCCGACCCAGCAGAAUACCGGUGGCUUGUUUGCUAGCACGCAGACUCAGCAGGCCAAGCCCGGUGGUCUAUUCUCCAACUCUACGGCCUCGACCGGCGGUGGCCUCUUUGGAAACCAGACUACUAAUCAGAAUGCUGGCUCUUCGCUCUUCGGGCCCACUCAAGGUCAGCAACAACAGCCUGCGGGGUCCGGCUUCUUUGGUGCAUCUCAGCCUGCGCAGCAGCAGCCACAGCAACCUGUGCCGGGCAGCUUCCAGGCCUCUCUGCUCGACAACAACCCGUAUGGUAACCAAUCCAUCUUCUCCGGCUUACCGAGUCCUGUAGUAUCGUCACCUGGACCUCUUGCCACACCGCUUGCAUCAAGCAUGAAGCAAAAGCAGCGCACACCCCUGCCAGUACACAAGAUCACCCCAAGUGCUGCCAAUCGGCUGAUCACUCCUCCUAAACGCCAAGGGUACGGGUUCUCUUAUUCGACAUAUGGCUCGCCUUCUAGUACCCUGGGCUCUUCAAGCUCUGGCUUGGGUAGCAGCCUUUUGGGCAGCAGUGCUGCAGGCAGCCUUCGCAACAGUAUCAGCGGCAGCCUGGGUCGUAGUUUCAGCAAGAGCUACUCAACCAGCAACUUACGCAAGUCAUUCCUUCCCGAAGAAGAUAGCGUUCUUUCUCCAGGGGCCCUCUUGCCAACCGGCUCUCGCAGCCAGACUGGAACGUUGAAGCGCCUUACUAUUGAUCGUUCAUUGAGAAAUGAUCUGUUCUCACGCUCGGUGACACCGUCAGCUGCUCCCGUCACCAAUGGAGAUGACCAGCAUUCCGCGGAUAAACUCAAGAAAAAGGUCAGCUUUGAUUCUGCGCCGGCUGGCGGCGAGGUUGUCUUUGUCGAUUCUAAGAGCCCCGAGCCUACAGCUGAGGAACUUGGUUUCCUUCGCUCUACUCGUAAGAGUGGCAGUCUUGUCGGAAUUGAUCGAGACUCUGAGCGACCAGAGAUGGAGUCGACUCGGCACGAUCUUGCAAUAGUGCCCGAAAAGCCUGAGUCUGCAUCAAACGGUGCUUCCGUCAAGCGUCUUUCCUUUAUCCCUGGUGGUGACCCUCAGCCUGGUGACUACUGGAUGUCCCCUUCUCAUUCUGAACUUGCGAAGAUGACCCGGGAUCAAUUGAAGAAGGUUGUUAAUUUCACCGUCGGUCGUCAGAAUUGUGGUCAGGUGACCUUCAACGGUGCGGUGGACCUGACGACCGUUGAUCUUGACAACAUUUUUGAUGGCAUUGUUGAUAUCGGAGUUCGCAAGAUCACAGUCUACCCUGAUGAGAAUGUCAAGCCGCCGAUGGGCAAGGGGCUGAAUGUUCCUUCGACUCUGCGAAUUGAAAACUCAUGGCCUCGCGGACGUGAUCGCAAGAACCCUUUGCCCAUCACUAGCGGCCCACUCUUCGAGAAGCACGUUGACCGUCUUCGUAAGGUGACAGACACAGAGUUUGUUGACUAUGAAACUGACACUGGCACCUGGAUCUUCAAUGUCCCACAUUUCACCACCUACGGUCUUGAUUAUGACGAGGACGAAGAUGAAAUCCCUGGACGGAGCACCUUGGGCGCAGGUCCAGAUGACAAUCGCACUUCCAAGGCCGUUGAUCAUCACCCUCAGAGUUUCGAGCAGUCUGCGACUCUCUCCAUCGAUGAAUCUUUCGUGGGGUCAAUGGCUGGAAUCGAUGAUGACACCUUCGAUUUCAAGAAGCGCAAGCUCGUGCCCGGUUCCUUUGCAAACAAUGCCUUGCAGCUGGAAGACGAGGAAAUGGACUCCGAGUACGAGUCGGAGUCUUUUUUAGAGGAAGGCUCCGCGGGUUCGACUAUUGAGCAGGAUGACGACUUUGUCACCGAAAGCCAGCAAUCUGGCGACUCGACAGUUGGAUCUGACGAGGAUCAGGCGAUGGACAUGGCGGGGUCCUUUCCUGAUCUUCGUCGCACCGUGGAGCACGAUGAUGUUCAAAGCACUGACAGUGACAUGAACUCAACUCACCCCAUUUUGAAGCCAUUUGGUACCCCAAGCAAGCCACGCCUCGACUUGAGCGGAGACUGGGCGGAACAGCUUCAGCGUACGAUCAGUCCACGAAAACAGAAUCGUGACGCUUUGCGUGAGAUGCAAGCAAAUGCAUUCACCGAUCGACCUUUGUUGAACAAAGAGUCUCCAACCGCGCAAUUUAACGCCUCGCCGAAGAAAGGCUUUGCCAAUAGCAUCGACUUGAUGAAUUCGCUUUUUCAGCAGCAGCCGCGAAAGCAAAAUCUGACAGGCACGCAGAAGGUGUCAAAACAACAGCCCAAGGGCUUCGAGUGGCCUUACAACAAGCAACCUAAAACUUUCGCCGGUGACACUGCACAGAUGAACGAGAGCGACGUGGCAUUUCAUGCUUCAUUCAAGCCUCGCUGGGGCACCAUGGAUUCCAUCAUCUGCGCCAGAAACGACGUGACAGGAUCAUUGUCAGAGAGCAAUAACCGAUGGAAAGAGCGGUUUUCCGUCUUCAGCGAAGGACGAGACGUCGCUGUCUUGCAAUUUGUUUCCUCUGAGAAAUCAUCCGACAAGUUACUCGAUGCCCAGAAGCAGCAAUCUACCGUUCAGCGUGUUGACAAUACUCCGCUUGUGCGCCUGCCCAAGCCUGAUCUUCGCCAAUUUGCGCUCUCUGCAUCUCCAAAUGAGGAGUCGCUGGUUUGGCAACUUGCUAAUAUCCUGUUCAAUGACGAUAUUGAGGAUGACAUUUCGGCCGGUGUGCCUCCAAAGAUGCGAACAAAGUUCACUGACAGGAUCAAAAAAGACCGAUUGACACGCCUGUGGGAGUCUAUUGUUCGCGAUCGCCAUGCCCACCUUCUUGAUUCUAUCCGCUCACCGGAGGAACGUGCGGUUCGUUUGCUUUGCUCUCACCGUAUUGAUGAGGCAUGCAAGACUCUCAUCGACAGCCACAACUUGCAUCUGGCCACUGUCGUUGCGCAGAUUGGUCGUGACGCCACGUCGAGAUCCGACAUUGCGAAUCAAAUUGAUGUUUGGCGUCAAAACAAUGUUCUAUCGGAAAUCAACGAAUCCGUCCGUGCCCUUUAUGAGCUUGUUGCCGGUAAUGGUUUGCGGAGCGAAGGUAGAUCGGGAGGUGCACUCGAAGAUCGGGCUACCACUUUCUCCUUGACCGAUCGGUUUGAGCUUGAUUGGUUCCAGGCUUUCGGUCUUCGCCUAUGGUACGGAAUCACCGAGGAUGAGCCAGUUGAGGCUGCGGUAGCCAAAUUCCUUGAUGACCUCGACACGGGGCUCGAGCCCGCGUUCCCUUUUCCUUCUCACCAUGCUAGUGAUAAAGCAGCCUUGCAGCCUGGUUCGGAUACCCUUGGCCGUGAAUCUCCCUUGUGGCUACUUCUGAAGGCCUACUCGGCCACGAAACUGAGCGAUAAUAGUAAAAUCACUCCCAUCCAGCUCCCUGCGGCCUUGUUGCCAGAAUCAAUCUCUGGCGAUCGUCUUUCGAAUCGCCUCUCAUUUCAGCUUCACCAUGUACUGGUGGCUGCGAUCGGUCAAAGUGACGCCCUUCAAGUUGAUCAGAAUAAGGUUGAUCGCUUGACUUGGGACUAUGCGUCUGAGCUCCUUGCUAGAGGCGAGCUUAGUGCUGCUAUUUUCGUCCUUCUCCAUCUCUCGCGCGCCGACGACCGCAAACGCGCCGUUCAGGACACCUUGGCACGCUGUGGCUCUAUCCUUCCCGAUCCUUCCAGUGCAGAUGGAUCGGCUCCUAACUCGGUAUGGACCGAUCUUACCUCUAGACUCCAAGUUCCAGAGGCCUGGAUCUGGCUCGCUAAGGCUCUCCAUGCUCGCGAUCGCGGGGACGCUAUCGUCGAGGUUGAUUGUUUGAUCCGAGGCAAGCACUGGAACGAUGCGCACGCCACAUUCUGCAGUGUGGUUGGCCCCACUGCUGUUAUUUCACGCGAUUAUCAAACACUCGAGCGUUUGCUUUCUGGAUUCGGUGAUGGGCCCGAGCGCAAGAUGCGAGGUUGGUCCUCCGGAGGCGGUAUCUAUGAGGACUUCCUGCGGUUAGCUACUGCGCCCCGUGGCCGCCGAGACCCGACUCGCCUGAGCCGACUGGUCAAUGCCCUGGUCGACAUGAGCGAGCGUACUCGUCACGCAAAUGACUCACAGGGAUGGGAGAGAAGUGUGGCUCUUAAAGAGAUGAGCCGCGCUGUUGCUGGGUGGAUCACUCACGAAGAUGUUCACUCUGUGGAAUCCUCAGCCAUCCUUGGCCUUCCUCUCAACGGGGACGCCCGUGUGCUGCAGACCGCCGAGAUGAGUAGACGCUAUUACGGCAUCAUCAUGGCUGGCGGCCAGAAGACAAAGGACCAAAACGACGAAAAUGACGAAAAAAAGCAAAUCUCAUCAAACUAUCCUGUCAUCGCCCUUCUUGGCUACAACGCGGACUGGAAAUGA